AUGGCAAUUGAGCCCCAUAGCGACUGCAAAAAUAGGUGCCUCAUGGAAAACACCUGUGUGUCCGUCAACGUUGGUCCACCCGACAAGAAUGGACUCAGGGUCUGUCAACUGAGUGAACAUCCUGAUGACCUUAAACCCGAAGAAGGAUACCAGUAUUGGGCUACAAAGAAUCCAUGUUCAAGCAGCCCUUGUCUUCAUAAUGCAACCUGCCUAAAUGGGUUCACAGAUAAGAGAUACAUUUGCUUGUGUCAAGCUGGUUUCAAGGGAAAAAAAUGUGAAAAAAAAGCAUUCAAAGCAAUUUUUACAAAUCUCAAUGCCACUGGAAGAUAUGGUCCAACAGCGCUGGGCAGUCACUACACAGGUCAGGAUCAUGACGGACAAGUUACAUUGUCUAGCGGUAUUCAACAGUGGACUGUGCCGUACACUGGUGACUACAGAAUAGAAGCGGUAGGAGCAGCAGGAGGAUACGAGCGAGCUACUAACAACCCUCAGUAUCGAGGGAGAGGAGCAAGAAUGAUUGGAACAUUCCGUUUAAAGGAGGAUGAAGUUAUCCAGAUACUUGUAGGUCAAGAAGGAGGAAUAAACAAGAUGGAUCAAUCCUCUGGUGGUGGUGGAGGUACAUUUUUGGUGAAAGGAACCAACACACCUUUGAUAAUAGCUGGAGGCGGAGGAGGGAUAGAUUCUGCACAGUCAAGACAUGCAGGAUGUGACGCUAGCACAAGCAAAACAGGGAAUUCUGGAUACAAGUCAUGGCCAGGGGGGAGCAAUGGGCAUGGUGCGCAGAUGGCUGAUUAUGGCUACUCAGUGUGUAGAUAA